ACUGAAACUCAUGGUAAGGAGUGGUUUUGAACAUUUGACUGACUGUUAAGAUCUUGCUUAAUUCAACUGGUCCAGGAAUAGAAGCCAUCAAAAAGGGAGUUUCUAACCAAGUAGUUCAGACAACAAAGAAAAUCUUCACACCAGGAAACAAAAAUGUCAUUCCUGAGAGAGAUCAUCCCAUUGGCGAAGAACACGUUUCUCUCAGAGAGGGAUGUUUUAUCCAUAUGUGCGGCACAGAUUGAGGCUGAAAUACAACAGGGUGAGAGAAAAAACUAUAACGAGGUGCUUGAUUUGUCUUCUGGAGAUCUCCAUAGAGGGGGAACAAAACCCAUCACCUUUGUUCGUCAAGUCCUUGCUGCUUGCUUCUAUCCAGCACUUUUGGAGGAUGACAGUCUGCCAUUAGAUGUAAAACAAAGGGCAGAAUGUCUUCUUAGACAAUGUGAUGGUGGAAGCGUAGGCUCAUAUACAGAUUCGUGUGGAAUCGCCAAAAUCAAACAGUGCGUGUCUAAGUUCAUUACCAGGAGAGACGGAGGAGUUCCUUCCUCACCCGACAACAUCUUCAUCACAUCUGGGUCACAGAUGGCUCUCAUGUUUAUGCUGAAGCUGCUGGUUCAGAGUGGCUCGUGUCGGACUGGUGUGCUCAUACCUGUGCCCACCUACGCUACAGUUAUCCAGGCUCUGGAGGACCAGGGAGCUGCCAUCAUACCUUACCAUUUGUGUGAGGAGCAGGGCUGGACACUGCAGGUGGAGGAGCUUCGCAGGUCGCUCCAUGCAGGUAGAAGGACAUGCAAUCCAGUAGCGCUUUAUAUCUGCAACCCAGGGAAUCCUACAGGUCACAUACAGAGUAGGAAAUCCAUAGAAGAAGUGAUUCGGUUCGCUGCAGAAGAAAGGCUCUUCCUACUGGCUGAUGAGGUGUAUCAGAGCUGUGUCUACGGAGAAGAUACUGAGUUUGAAUCCUAUAAGAAGGUGUUAUCAGAAAUGGGCUCUACUAUUUCCAGCACUGUGGAAUUGGCCUCCUUUAAUUCUGCUUCCAAGGGCUUCAUGGGAGAGUGUGGGCUUCGUGGUGGCUACAUGGAGCUGGUGAAUCUUGACCCUGCCGUGAAGGAAUACACUCGUACAUUUUUUUCCACUAGGUCCAGCCCACCUGUUGGUGGACAAAUUGCACUUGACCUCAUGACAGAUCCUCCAAAACCUGGAGAUCCCUCAUUCCCCACCUUCUCUGAGGAGAUCCAGUCCAUUAAAAAUAUGAUAAGUAAAAAUGCUUGUCGGAUUCAAGAGGUCUUUGGUGAGAUACCGGGGAUCAGCUGCCAGCCAUUGAAGGCGGGAUUUUUUGUCUUCCCCUGUCUACACUUACCUCCAAGAGCAAUAAAAUUGGCCAAGAAAAAACAGAUGGAACCAGACAUGCUGUAUUGUUUGCAUUUGCUAGAAGAAACAGGUCUGCAUGUGAGGCCGGGCUGUGAAUAUGGACAAAGAAAGGACAGCCAUCACUUCAGGCUUUUUGUGGCAACUCAUGAGGACACCAUGGAAGAUGUUCUACAAAGACUGAAGACAUUCCACAAGCGAUUCAUGAAGGAGUUUUCUUAGUGUCAUCUUACCUGCUUUUGUUAGCUGCUUAUGUCAGACUAUGAGAUUUGUUUGAAAGUUAAUAGAAUUUUUUUUUAAAGAACAUUGCUUAUAUUCAUAAAGAGCUGAGAUAUAGACCCUUUUAUUUGAUUUAAAUCCAUUGCCCCAACAAUGGCAUCCAAUUGUUUUGCUACCCGUUCUGUCUUUUUGGUGCACAAUGUAAUUUAGUUCCAAUUUAACUCUUUAUCGGCCUCAAAUUUAGGCUGAGAGGUUACAUGAAUAUUGGUCAUUGUCUAAUAAAUUAUUCAGACAUUUGA